CGAAUUUCUACAUGAUUUUCAUAUUAUUGGGUUUAUUAUUAACAAUAGAAGCAUCAGAAGAGAAAAUAUAGAAAGCUGUUGAUUUAAGUAAAUUUGCAAAGAUAUUUGAACAUUAUGUAUGAUAAAAUAUAAUAUUGAGAAUUAAUCAAACUAAUUUAAUAGAUCAUUAUUUACACAAUUAAAGUCUAAGGUUCUUAAUGGGGCAACAGUUCAAGAUCUUGAUGAUCAUUUUGCAGAAUUGGUUGGGCAUUUAGAAAAAGAUGAAUUUUCAUAACAAUAAUUAUAUUCAGUUGAAGAAGCUAGAUUAGAAGGAAUGAUUACAUAAUUAGAAGAUGAAUUAAAAUAAUUAGAUGAAUAAAAUAAAUAUUUAAUAUAAAAAUAGGAAACAUUAAAUGAAGAAGCUCGUGAAAUUGAUGUUUUAUUUAGUGCUAAUCAUGAAGCAUAUAUAUAAAAAAUAGGAGAGCAAUAUACUUUGAUUGAAGCUAUAGAUGAAUUAAUAUCAUAAAUUUAAGAAAAAUAGACAAUAAAAGAUGAUAGUGAUAUAAUGGAGAAGUUAAGAUAGAUAAGUGAAGAUUAACAUAUUAGUAUAUUAGCAUAAGUGACUGCACAUUUAGAUUUAGAAUAAGCUGAUAAGAUAUAAACAUUAUUUAAAGAAUUAAAAGAUGCUUUGAAAGAAGGAAUUGAAAUGGAUGAAUUAAAUAAUGAAUUGAAUGUCAAAUUACAUACAGAUAUUAGAGGUUCCAUUGGAAAGUACUAUUCAUUAUUUAUAUAAGUUUAAUACCUGAAACACUUAUUCAAUAAGAAGAGAUUAUUAAUUCAAUAACUGAAUAAUAAAACACUUUAAAGAUAACCAAAGAGGCUUUAGAUAAACUCAAAUCUGAUAUGGAUGCAAUUACUUAAGAAAGGUAUUAAAUUUAUUAUAUUUAGAAAAUUUGCAUUACUUUAAAUAUCAUAGGCCAAAUCAAUAAUUAAAGAAAACAUUGAUUAAAUUCAAUAAUGACGAUGAUGCACU